CUAUCAAGCAAAGUUCUUAGAAUACAGAAGAAAUGGCCCCUUUGGCUUCCUCUUCUCGCCUGGCUCGCUCCAUGCUUCCUAUCUUUCUUCGCUCCCAAUGCCUUAGUAUAAGGUGUUCAUCAUCCCUGGUGACAACACCCAAGUUUCAAGUGGAAAACGGACCCAGUGCAAGGAAUAGGAUUCUGAGAUUUGGGUCAGCUGCAAACACUGAGGAAAAUGAGGGAAAGAUUGAUGUAAAGCCAAAGUCAGUAUCGGUGAGGUUGGCGUACGAGCUUCUUCAGGCAGGGCAUCGGUAUCUGGAUUGCAGGACUUGUGAGGAGUUCGAUGCUGGGCAUCCUCCUGCGGCUAUUAACAUUCCUUAUUUUCACAUCUUUAAUGGAGAAGGGAUGUCAUUGAAGAAUUCAAAAUUUUUGGAGGAAGUAUCAUCAGAAUUUGGAAAAGAAGAGAAGAUCAUAGUUGGAUGUAAAAUAGGAAGGAGGUCACUAAUGGCAGCAACUGAUCUGCAUGCUUCUGGUUUUACCCAUGUCACUAAUGUUGCUGGUGGCUAUACCGCAUGGAAGGAAAACGGGCUUCCUACUACAGAUUGAAUGCAAUACUGUUUCUUUAGCAUGAUGAAAAUUUAAGAAACUAUUCUCUAUGUAGGUUGUAUUUCAUCAAUUUCCGGAACUAUUGUAGCUUUCUAGCAGACAUGUCCUGUUUCUUUUGAAUCAGUGGUUUUCUUUUAUCCUAAAGGGUU